GUCCGCGCGGCGUCGCACUCCGGGUAUUUGAACCGCGCUUCCGCCAUCUUUCCAGCGCCUAGUCACUGAGGGGAGCGACACCGAGAGACAUCUCGGGAAGACCCAGCAUGGCCGCCCAAGGAGAGCCCCAAGUGCAGUUUAAGCUUGUCUUGGUUGGUGAUGGUGGUACUGGCAAAACAACAUUUGUUAAACGUCAUUUGACUGGUGAAUUUGAGAAGAAGUAUGUAGCCACACUGGGUGUUGAAGUCCAUCCCCUGGUGUUCCACACUAACAGAGGCCCAAUUAAAUUUAAUGUAUGGGACACGGCUGGUCAAGAGAAAUUUGGUGGUCUGCGGGAUGGUUACUAUAUUCAGGCUCAGUGUGCCAUCAUAAUGUUUGAUGUAACAUCAAGAGUUACAUACAAGAAUGUACCUAACUGGCACAGAGAUCUGGUACGAGUAUGUGAAAACAUCCCUAUAGUGUUGUGUGGCAACAAAGUGGAUAUUAAGGACAGAAAAGUCAAGGCAAAGUCAAUUGUCUUCCACAGGAAGAAGAAUCUUCAGUACUAUGAUAUCUCAGCUAAAAGUAACUACAACUUUGAGAAGCCCUUCCUCUGGCUUGCCAGGAAGCUAAUUGGAGAUCCCAACUUGGAGUUUGUUGCCAUGCCUGCUCUUGCGCCCCCAGAGGUUGUUAUGGACCCAGCAUUGGCAGCACAGUAUGAGCAAGACUUACAGAUUGCUCAGACCACUGCCCUACCAGAUGAAGAUGAUGACCUGUAAGGGAUGAAGCUGGAGCCCAGCGUCAGAAGUCUAGUUUUAUAGGCAACUGUCCUGUGAUGUCAGUGGUGCAGCGUGUUUGCCACUUUAUUAUCUAGCUGAGCAGAACAUGUGCUUAAUCUUUGGGAUGCUGAGAGAUGAAUGGGCUUCGGAGUGAAUGUGGCAGUUUAAAAAAAAAAAAAUUCCUUCAUAUUUUGGACCUGCAUAUCUAGCUGUUUUUGGACUGCAAUUACUUCCCCCUUGAGUUUCAAAUCUAACUAAGACUGCUGCAGUCACAUCACAGUAUUCAGUGGUAAAUCUUGUUUGUUACUGUCAUUCCCAUUCCUUUUUUGUUUAGAUCAUAAUAAAGUUGUAUUUCAAAUAUCUAAACAAGUGAACUUUCAUGCAUUGUUAGGAGUAAUUUAAAUAAUGUCUCCUAUCCUUGAAUAGAUGCUAAUAUAGUAUUGAAUUUUAAUUUGAUUUUUUUUACACUUGGAAUAGGUAUGCAACAAGUAGUAAAUUAAAAGGUAAUCUUACAGGCUUCUUGAAGCCUAAUUUAAACACUGACUUUUAAAAUGCAAAGUGUAACUUAACUAGGAAAAACAAAAGCAGUGAACUUCUGAGGGCUUGUCUAUGGGUUAAUGUACUUGCAUGCUAGGGUUGUGUGAGUAGUCUGCGUGGACCAUGCUUGUGCACACUAAAAGUUCCUUAGUACUUACUAGGUAGAAGUAUACCAGGGAGCUUUUAAUGUGUACAAGCAUGGUUGACAUGGGCCAACCACUGCAUGUGUUAAUAUGCUUUUUAAAAUCACCCCCUUGUGCACAUUACCCUACCAUGUAGACAGUCCCUGAAGGAUUGUCAAGUGUAAAUGAAUUGAAACAAGUGUAAAAUGUAGGUCUAAACCUGUUCUUAAUGGCUGCAUUUGAAAUGCAGAUACUGACUGCUGCAGGGAUUCUUAUUCUAGGAAUACAGUACCAAGCUCAACCUCCAUACUACCUUUUUAAAAAAACA